AUCGGUCAAAGCCAUCCGACUGGCCUUACGCCAAGCCUUCUGAAGCUGUUCGAGCCGCGGCCUUCCUUGGAGUUCAAGGCUCCACUGGAGAAGCGGAAGAUGCCGGAGCUAACGGGCCUUGCGCAGUUUGUGGACCAGUUCGCGGAGCAGAACGAGACGGAGUACGGCCCGCCUACCACCAAAGGAGAGACCAGAGAAGAGAAGAAGCAGCGGAUUCGCGCGGCGAAGCUGGAGAAGGGCCGCAAGCAGGUCGAGGAGGCACUCGCCGAGUACAACCCGGCUGCCGACCCCAACAUUGAGGGCGACCCUUACAAAACCCUUUUCGUGGCUCGUGUCAGCUACGAAACCACGGAAACUAAGAUACGUAGAGAGUUUGAGGCAUAUGGGCCAAUCCGCAAGGUGCGUGUGGUGACGAGCACAGUGGACAACAAGCCGCGCGGCUACGCUUUCAUCGAGUACCACCACACACGAGACAUGAAGACGGCGUACAAGCAGGGCGACGGGCGCAAGAUCGACAACCGGCGCGUGAUAGUGGACGUGGAGAGGGGGCGCACUGUGCCCAACUGGCGCCCGCGCAGGCUCGGCGGAGGGCUGGGCUCCACACGCAUUGGCGGCGAUGAGGUCAACCAGAGGCACUCCGGGAGGGACCCUCCUGCUGUUGUUGCGCCGCCACCGCCGCCCCGCUUGGAAGAGCGACCGAGAGAACGGCCUGUCGAAAAGGCGGCGGAAAUCGGCCCUCCUGAACGAGCCGAGGCUGUGAAGAAGGAGGAGGCUCCGCUUGAGGAACGGGCGAGAAGCAGGGAGCGCGAUGCGGAAAGGGGCAGGGAGAAGAGCAGGGAGAGGAGCCGCGAGAGGAGCAGGGAGAGGGACCGGAUCGCUAAAGUGGGAGAUGAUGGCAGUGUUGCAGCUUGUGCAGAGAGUGUUGUGCGCGUGCUAGAACCUACGAUGGUGAGAAUGGUCGCAUGCCUGCACUGUUCGCCCUCCAGUGCUUCGCCCAUCAUCAUACCGCUAAGGCAGCGUGGUUCAUCAUUCUCGCUGCUGUGA